CUGAACCGCAAACUAAAGCUGCUUCUGUGACAUUUUCACUGCUGUUAGCUUAUUUAUUUUUACCCAGACAAAAGAGUAAGCAAAUAACACAGGAUGGGAAAACUGAAACGUUGCCUACUGUUACUUUAAGAAACCAGCUUAGCCAGGGGGUUUUAGUGCGUUUAACCUAACCUGCUAGCAAGGAAAAGUUCUUUAAAAUAAUGGAUAUUAGCCGUAUCCAAUCACAAUGACCAGUUCCACUAACAGGGAGGAGACUUUGCUCUUCAGCCACUAACAUCAGAGAAGGUGGAGCUUGACGUUCAGGUUUGGUUGCUUUGGGUACAGCUUCAAGUGAAGUUAAUCUGAGGUGAAGCAAACAGAAAAUUGUGGAGGUUUUGUUGUCUCUCUCAGACCUUUUCUCCCUCCUGCCGAAGCCAGUGGGCGGUACUGCCAUCGAAGCUGGAUCCUGGGCCAUUCUGGUCCCCGUCCUCCUUCACCCCCAGGUGUGCAGCAGAGGAACAUGGCUCAAGAAACUAAUCACAGCCAAGUGCCUAUGCUUUGUUCCACUGGCUGCGGGUUUUAUGGAAACCCUCGCACAAACGGCAUGUGCUCAGUGUGCUACAAAGAACAUCUUCAACGACAGAAUAGCAGUAAUGAUAGAAUCAGCCCACCUGCGACUUCUGUCAGUAGUCUGUCGGAAUCUCUACCAGUUCAGUGCACAGACGGCGGCGUCCCAGAAGCCCAGUCAGCGCUAGACUCCACCCCUUCACCUCUGCAGCCAAGUCCUGUAUCAAAUCAGUCACUUUUAUCAGAAUCUGUAGCAUCUUCCCAAGUGGACAGUACAUCUGCGGACAAAGCAAUACCUGAAACAGAAGACCUGCAAGCUUCAGUAUCAGAUACGGCACAGCAGCCAUCUGAAGAGCAAAGCAAGUCUCUUGAGAAACCAAAACAGAAAAAGAAUCGCUGCUUCAUGUGUAGGAAGAAAGUGGGACUUACUGGGUUUGAAUGCCGGUGUGGAAAUGUUUACUGUGGUGUACACCGUUACUCAGAUGUACACAAUUGCUCUUACAAUUACAAAGCCGAUGCUGCUGAGAAAAUCAGAAAAGAAAAUCCAGUAGUUGUUGGCGAAAAGAUCCAGAAGAUUUGAACUCCUGCUGGAAUACAAAAUCCUUUCACCAUCUGCAAACUAAAAAUUGACUUGAGGUUUUUUUUUCCUAGUCAUUGGGAAUGUAGAGCAUUGUAUCUUGCAUAGACCUUUUAAUCAUGCAUGUCAUCAGAAGAAUAGAUUUUUGUUUUUGUUUUGAAAAUGACUCUGAACAUUAUUUCCAUUGCAGUUUCUGUGGCUGAAAAGACUUAAGUAAACUUUACAAGUAUUAUCCUUUUAAGAUCAUUUUAAUUUUAGUUGAGUGCAGAGGGCUUUUAUAACAAAUGGGGAGAAAUUUUGGAGGGCUGUGAUUUUUCCAGUAUUAAACAUGCAUGCGUUAAUCUUGCGGUUUAUUUUCUCAUUGUGUGUGUAUAUAUAGCUUUUCUCUGCAGCACGAUCUCUCUUUGGAUAAUGCCCUGUAGGGCACAGCUAGUUACCAGUAACUGAAUGUAUCUUAAUCACUAUGGCUGCUUCUGUUUUUUUUUCAUUAACAAAGGUUAUACAUAUGUUAGCACAUAGUUUCUUUGCACCCACUAUUUAUGUCUGAAUCAUUUGUCACAGGAGAGAGUGUGCUGAUGAGAUUCUAAGUUUGUGUGUUUUUAAUUUUUUUUCCUUUUUUUUUUCUUUUUCUUUUUUUUUUUUUUUUUUUGAGCAAGGGAAGGAAAAGCUGUAUGCAUUUCAUUGCUGACUGCAGGUUUCUUUCAGGUUCAUCUGUCUGUGUGUACAAUAUGAAGAAUGAUCUGAAGUAAUUGUGCUGUAUUUAUGUUUAUCCACCAGUCUUUGAUUAAAUAAAA